AAGAACAAAGAUAUGCGUCAUGAGUGAUGAUGAUGAUGAUUGGUCGAGUGCGGUUGUUAUUGACAACGGAUCCGGAUCUUGUCAGGCGGGCUUUGCUGGAGACGAUGCUCCUCGGUCCUUUUUUAAAUCAGUUGUAGGAAGACCCAGAUUCCAGAGACGAUUACAUGGUAUCCCGUACUCGGACCGUUAUGUGGGAGAUAAGGCUAUGUACUUAAGGGGAGUUCUGUCCCUUCGCUACCCCAUUGAAAGAGGUGUAGUUAAAAACUGGGAUGACAUGGAGCUGAUAUGGCAGCACGUCUUUCACGAUGAACUAAGAACAAAAUCUGAAGAAACAAAUGUGCUCAUGUCGGACGCAAUUUUGAAUCCGAUAGGAAAUCGCGAGAAAAUGACGCAGAUAAUGAUGGAAAAAUUUAAUGUUCCUGGUUUCUUUGUAAUAAAUCAAGGUAUACCCACAUUGUAUGCGUCAGGAAGAGCCUGUGGUACCGUUGUAAACAUAGGAGAGGGUGUUGCUCAAGUAUAUCCUAUACACGAAGGGUACACGGUUCUUCCAGCUAUGAGAAGGCUAAACCUGGCCGGGAAAGAUUUGACCUGUUAUUUACAAAGACUUCUUCAACAGAAAGGACACUCAUUCACUACAUCUGCGGAGAUGGAGAUCGUUAGAAAAAUGAAGGAGGACCUAUGUUUUGUGAGCCAGGAUUAUCAGAGUGAUCUUGUCAAGGCAUCGUCUUCCGGUGAUAUAGAGGCGUCGUACACACUGCCUGAUGGGAACAAAAUCACUCUAGGGAACGAACGAUUCCGUUGUGCUGAAAUCCUUUUUCAGCCGUCAAUGUUAGGUUUGGAAUCCGGGGGAAUCCACGAACUUAUUAACAGCUGUAUAAUGGCAUGUGACGUAGAUUUGAGGAGUUUACUACACACCAACAUCAUUUUAGCCGGAGGAACCACCAUGUGUCCAGGUAUUAUUGAAAGAAUGAGCUCCGAAUUAAAAGAAUUGGCUCCAUCUUUGGUGAAGGUAGUAGCACCCCCUGAAAGACGUUCUUCGACUUGGAUUGGAGGAUCGAUUCUAGCGUCUUUAUCCACUUUCCAAAAGUGUUGGAUUACCACAUUAGAAUAUCAGGAAUAUGGCCCAAACAUAGUUCAUCGCAAAUGCAAGUUCUGAUGUGGAAUGAAACUAAAGAACUUUUAAUAUAAUUAUUUUUUUAAUUUUAACUUUGAUAUAAACAAAAGCGUGCGCAUUUUACAUUUAUUUAUAAAUAAAUAUUGCCAUAUAUACAGUAAACAUUUUCAAUAUUACUUCCCUUAUCAGAAAUCCUCUGAAAGAAUAUAUCAGGAAAAAAAGGAAUAGUGACAGUCUGAACUUGUUUACCUCCAAAUUUAAAGGGGCAUGCAUAUGGACACAUGAAGUUUAUAAUCUUCAAAAAUUCUGGUAGAAUUUCAUGACUAACGUAUUGCAAGAGCGUUUCAGACCAAUAUAUUUAUGAAAACCUAUAUAGAAACUUUUAUCUGAAAAUUAUCAAAACUACGAACUUCUGGUUUGUUUGAUUGUCAUACAUCCCUGCACUUUCAUGAGCUAAAUUUUUUCCUUAAUAUUCAAGGAAAGUGGAAAAUCUGAUGUGUAUUAAUAAAAGAUAUUUAAAACUACAAUCAAGAAAAGUCAAAAAAGAAAUGUAAUAAAGCAGAACCAACACAACGGUGUUGUCACUUUGUGGUCAGUGAUGUGAGAAAUGUCAGCAGAUCGAACACCAGUAAAAUACGGAAUCAUUAGCACUAACAGAGCAGAAAGAACCAACUCUCUCUCUCUCUCUCUCUUAAAAAUCAGUUUGUAAAAAUGUCAAAUUUUGUAUUAUGAUAUAUCAUAUUGUGUAUGAAAUAAAGAAUUAAAAAAAAAAACUAAGAGAGCACGUACCAACGUUUACAAAUACAAGUGUUUGGUGUAAGGUUAUGAAGACUGCCAUUAAGUAUGAAGAAUUUCCAUGUUUGUUCAAAUCAUUAUAAUACUAAAGCUUUUUUUUUCAAAUAAAAAAUAGAAAUUCAAAAUUGUAAACAAAACAACAAUGCAAGUGUGUCUAUGCCCCUUUAAAUACAAAACAUGGAAUGAUAUUUAUAUUCAAUAGAGUGUAAAGGAAAUAGUUUAUAAAGAAUUGCUGUGCCUAGUAGGGAUACUAAUAACACUGUGUUCAUUUGAUUAAACGAAUUUUUAUAGCUAAACUUGUAUGUGAUUCUGCAUAGUCUUGCAAUUUUUGUUUGAUGAACAUUUUAAUUUGAUUGUUAAUAUUUUUCGGACUAUUAAAUGUUGUCUGCUAUUGGCUGCACAUAUAUUUGUUGCUUUACUUUUCUCUGUAGCAAUAAAGUUA